AGCGGCCGCGCCGCCGCUGAGCCGCGCCGCCAUGGCCAAGAGCCGCGGGGGCGGCGGGCCCGGCUCGCCCGGCAGCCGCCACCACAGCCUGGCCGGGACCCGCGAGAGCCUGGCCGAGCCGGGCGCCGACGAGCUCAGCUCCCUCGGCUCCGACUCGGAGAUUAACGGCGGCGGCCCCGAGGAGCGGCGCGUCGACAAGUUCGGCUUCAUCGUGGGCAGCCGCAGCGCCGAGGGGCCGCUGGAGGAGGUGCCUUUGGAGGUGCUCCGGCAGCGGGAGUCCAAAUGGCUGGAUAUGCUCAACAACUGGGACAAGUGGAUGGCCAAAAAACACAAGAAGAUCCGGCUGCGGUGCCAGAAGGGCAUCCCCCCGUCGCUGCGGGGCCGUGCCUGGCAGUACCUCUCCGGGAGCAAGGUCAAGUUGGAGCAGAACAUCAGCAAGUUUGAUGAACUGGAUCUCCUCCCAGGAGACCCAAAGUGGCUGGACGUCAUCGAGCGUGAUCUCCAUCGGCAGUUCCCCUUCCAUGAGAUGUUCGUCUCACGUGGAGGCCACGGGCAGCAGGAUCUGUUUCGGGUGCUGAAGGCUUACACGCUGUACCGCCCGGAGGAGGGCUACUGCCAGGCCCAGGCGCCCAUCGCCGCCGUCCUGCUCAUGCACAUGCCAGCCGAGCAAGCAUUCUGGUGCCUGGUGCAGAUCUGUGAGAAGUAUCUCCCCGGCUACUACAGUGAGAAGUUGGAGGCCAUUCAGCUGGAUGGGCAGAUCCUCUUCUCGCUGCUGCACAAGGUGUCCCCUGUGGCCUACAAGCACCUGAGCAAGCAGAAGAUCGAUCCCAUCCUCUACAUGACGGAGUGGUUCAUGUGUGCCUUCUCCCGCACACUGCCCUGGAGCUCUGUGCUGCGUGUCUGGGACAUGUUCUUCUGUGAAGGCGUGAAGAUCAUCUUCCGCGUGGGCCUGGUGCUGCUCAAACACACCCUGGGCUCCUCGGACAAGCUCAAGUCCUGCCAGGGCCAGUACGAGACCAUGGAGAGGCUGAGGGCUCUCAGCCCCAAGAUCAUGCAGGAGACCUUCCUGGUGCAGGAGGUGAUCGAGCUGCCGGUGACGGAGCGUCAGAUCGAGCGGGAGCACCUGAUCCAGCUGAAGAAGUGGCGGGAGGCGCACGGGGAGCUGCAGUGCAAGCCCCCCCCGCGCCUGCACGGCGCCAAGGCCAUCAGCGAGGCCGAGCCCCCUCCCCGCAAGGCCCUGGAGCCCGUCCCCUCCAUCAUCCUCCCCCCCGGGCCCGCCCCCGUGCCCAAGGCCCGCAAGAGCAAGGAGAAGAGCCGAGACAAGAGCCCGGCCGGUCCCGCCAAGGGCCCCGGGGCUGAGGGCAACGGGGCGCCGGGCACGGCCCGCGAGCUGCUGCAGCCCCAGCUCUCCCCUCACCACCAGUCCAAGGAGAGCCUGAGCUCCCGGGAGAGCGAGGACACCUACUUGUAGGGCGGGCGCGGGGCGGGCGGCCGGGCUCAGCUGGGCUGUGCCCCGGGACGCUGCCGGGGGGCUGCAGGGAGGGGGGACAGGCUGGUGUAGGACACCUCGCUCCCCGUGUGCAGGGCUGAGGCUGAGGCGUGGCCAGGGGGGCUGCUUGGCCAGGCAGCGGUGACCAAAAGGCCUGCCCUGGGUUGGUGCUGGGUGCCCACCCCGGCAGGGUGCUGGCAUCACGAGCUGUGGGAGCCCAGGCAGGGGGUGGCUGAGCCACCCGAGCUCCCUCCCCGUGGCUGGGGGGGCUGGGCUGCCCCUCGAGCCCCUCUCCCUGCCCCAGAGCCCCUCACCCCAUUGUCCCCAGGAUCCCCCCAACGCUCUGCCCUCCCUGUGCUGGCUGGGCAGACCCAGACCCAGUUCCCCAGCCUGGUGCCUGGCACAGGGGGACUGGGGGUACGUGAGGAGCUGGGGGAACCCUUCACCCCCCCACCUUUAUCUAGUGAGGAUAUAUCAACCUGUAGCCCUAUAUGUAGUACUGAAUUUACCUACUCACUGAGCCUAUUUAUUAUUCCCCCGUGGCAGGACGGGGCCUGGGGCUGGAUGUGCCCGAGGCAGUGGGAUCUGAUGCCAGACCAUGGGGCUAAAGCCCUUCCCCCACACCCAGCCCCCGGGCUCCCCACAGUGCAGGGGCGUGGGGAGUGAUUGCCCUGCCUGGGCUCUGCCCCCUGCUGCCAUCCCCCACCGAAGUGGAGGUGAGGUGGUGGGUGGUGGGGUCCCCUCUCUCCCCCCUCUGCGCUCCCCACGGGCCGGGGGCAGCUUUGUAAAAUACAGCGGGGAAAAACAGUUUUGUACAAAGGGGUAAAUAAAGCAGGAUUGUGUAAAGGC